UCAAUUUUCCUCAGAGUGUGACACAAUACACGCUUGCACAAAGCUACUAAAAAAAUCACUUUGAAAAUGACUUCCCCAAACAAGUUUAUCUUAGCCAUGUUUCUCAUUUUCACAACAUGGAUUCUCCCACAUGUAAUAUCUACUAGAAUCCUUCAACCUUUGUCAUCAACUACACAUGAGAAAUGGAUGGCACAAUUUGGAAAAUCUUACAAAGAUGAUGAAGAGAAGGAAAAACGUUUUCAAAUAUUCAAAAACAAUGUAGAGUUCAUUGAAUAUUUUAAUGCUGCUGGAGACAAACCUUUCAACCUUAGCAUCAACCAUUUCGCAGACCUAACUAGUGAAGAGUUUAAGGCUUCACUUAAUGGUAAGAAGGAGUUACAUUAUGAGAACGAAACGUCGUCGUUCCGGUAUCAUAAUGUAACUUCUGUUCCUGAUAGCAUGGAUUGGAGAAAAAGAGGUGCUGUUACUCCAAUCAAAGAUCAAGGAACUUGUGGUAGUUGUUGGGCAUUUUCAGCUGUGGCUGCAAUGGAGAGUAUCCAUCAAAUAACAACAGGUCAGUUAGUGUCACUAUCAGAGCAAGAACUAGUAGAUUGUGUUAAAGGUAACAACACAGCCGGAUGCAGUGGUGGUUACAUGGAAGAUGCAUUCGAAUUCAUCGCGGAAAAAGGAGGAAUAGCAAGUGAAGCAUAUUACCCUUACAAAGAAACUGAUGAGAGAUGUAAGGUCAAGAAAGAAAAACAUGCAGCUGAGAUUAAUGGAUACGAGAAGGUUCCUCCGAAGAGCGAAAAGGAACUUCUUAAAGCGGUUGCGAAUCAACCGGUGUCAGUUUAUGUUGAUUCAGGAGGUUCCACUUUUCAAUUUUAUUCUGGUGGAAUUUUUACAGGAAAAUGUCGAACUCGUCUAGAUCAUGCUGUUGUUGUGGUUGGUUAUGGUGUUUCAGAGGAUGGUGUUAAGUAUUGGUUGGUGAAAAACUCAUGGGGCACUGAAUGGGGUGAGAAAGGGUACAUGAGGAUGAAACGUGACAUAGGUUCUAAGAAAGGUUUAUGUGGAAUUGCUAUAAGUCCUUCUUAUCCAGUUGUUUAAUCUACUAGGGUUGCUUAAUUGCAUGAUGCAAGAUAUAUAUGCAUCUAAAUAAAAGAUAUUGUAGUUUGUACUUGGGUUGUGCUUGCACGUGUGUAGGUAGGGUGUGUUCCUAAAGUGGGUGCAUGAUAAAGUUAUGGGCUUGUAAUGAUUUUCAAUCAUAUUAAUGAAAUAAGCUAUGUUGUUUGUGAGUA